AUACAAGUCAAAAAUAAACUGCCUUUUUGAUUGAAUGAUUUUUUUAAGUGAAUUUUAAUUUAUCGGAUUGUGUCAUAAUUUCAUUGCAAAUUCAAAUCAAUUAAUAAAAUAAUAAAUGUGUAAUUGUAUAAUAAAUAUUUUUUGUCUUGUUUUAUGUUAUAAAAUAUAAAUUUAUACCAAUUCAUUUGAGCGAACUUUUAUCAAUAUUCCUUUUGUUAUUUUCAUUUUGAAAAUUUACUAGCAAGUUUUUAAAAAAAUACCAUAUUUAAGGAUACAUCACAAGAAUAUUGUUUUUAACUACAUAGUUACUAAAGAUGCCUGCUGCUAGUUUUGGUUCUUUAGUAGCAAAUGUAAUUAAAGAAGAUUGCUCUAUAAAAAAUGUAUGGAAUCAUAACUUGCAUGAAGAGUUUCAUGUUAUCAGACAGAUUGUCCAGAAAUAUCAUUGGGUAGCAAUGGAUACAGAAUUUCCAGGAGUAGUGGCGCGUCCUAUUGGAGAGUUCAGAUCCACUGCAGAUUAUCAAUACCAACUACUAAGAUGCAAUGUGGAUUUAUUAAGGAUAAUCCAAUUAGGUUUAACAUUCAUGGAUGAAAAUGGCAAGACACCCCCUGGCUGUACUACCUGGCAGUUCAAUUUUAAAUUUAACUUACAAGAAGACAUGUAUGCCCAGGAUUCAAUAGAUUUGCUACAAAACUCAGGACUACAAUUCAGAGAGCAUGAAGAACAUGGCAUUGAACCUCUCGAGUUUGCUGAAUUACUUAUGUCUUCAGGUAUUGUGUUAAUGGAUAACAUCAAUUGGCUGAGUUUCCACUCUGGAUAUGACUUUGGUUACUUACUGAAACUUCUUACAGACCAGAACUUACCACAAGAAGAAAAUGAUUUCUUUGAUAACCUUAGACUAUACUUCCCCACUGUAUAUGAUGUCAAAUACCUAAUGAAGUUAUGCAAGAACCUAAAAGGUGGGCUGCAAGAGGUGGCAGACCAGCUUGAACUGCGACGCGUAGGGCCACAGCAUCAAGCCGGCUCCGACUCUCAUCUCACGGGAAUGGCUUUCUUCAAAAUUAAAGAAAUAUUUUUUGAUGGUAACAUUGAGAGCACCAGUGGACACCUGUAUGGAUUGGGAGCUCCUUUUUCAACAAAUGUCAAUAAUUUCCAAGAAAACAGUGAAAAUGGCAGUUCAUCUUGAUCAGGAGAUUCGGUGUGUGUGACCAGCCUCACACCACAACCGCGUAUUUUCCAUAUCUCAGAAUGAAUUGGUGAAUGUUCUGUAAUUGUUUUCUUAAAUUAAAUAAUUUAAUUUAUUUAAGAGGCAGUGACUUCAAAAAUAUUGUACAUACAACGCUUAAUAAAGAAGUGAACUUAUAAAUGUUUAAGUGGAGUAACAUAAAUAUUCACUAAGUAGAAAUUUUAUUUAAUUGAUUUAAAUGUUAUUAUUAAUAUUUUAUAUUGUUCAUAAAUAGCAAACUGCAAUGUAGUCACGUGUACAUAAGCUUUUCAGGAUGCAUUGCGUUCCGGUUUUAUUUCAAUAAUAAAAGGUUUCUAUAUCUAAUAAAUAAAUCUGUAUUUCUUUUAUAUACUUACUGUCUAGAUUAUUCUGUAUAACGAAUCACUUUUAGCAAUGUUAAUGAAUAUUAAAGUCGUUCUAAAAUAAAUUCAAUUACAUCCAUCAUUUUGCCGUUUUGUGAUUGUACUGUAGAUUUUUUUUAAUAAUGACAUAUUUUAUGAAACAUUGCUUCUAACUUUAGUGUAUGAAUAUAUUUGCUGAAUGUAAUGCAAAAAAUAAUUCUAUCCAAUCUAGUUGGAUCAAGAUGCUAAGAUAAAGAAAUAUCAUGAAACAAGUAAAACGACAAUAAGUACAUCACAGUCUAUAUAAUGUACAAAUAUUUUCUUUAUCUUUGCAUCCGAAUAUAGAAAAAUUAUAAUUCAAUGUAACUAUUGAUUCACGACAUAAAUAAUAUUCGAAAUAAUAAAUUUUGUAUUUGCUUA